UGACAUUACUAAUAGCAGCCAGUCCUCUGGGAGCGUAAGUGCGUGAUGAUCAUGUGAAGGAUCGUAAGCUGUGAGUGGUUUCGAUUUAAAGUUGCCUAUAUCCAUCUUUUGAGUCGUUGUCUGCUUCUUGUUGCUCCGGGAUACGGCACCGACAGACUGCCAAUUGCAGUCCCGCAACAAUACAGGAGAGAAGAGACGGACUGGUGUGUUGGGUUUUCUGGGUUGUACUGGUGAACCAAGCAAGCGGUGAAGUCGCCGGUCGUUCCGAGUUUUUUACGCGAAAGGCGUGUUGGGUUGAGAAAUCAACAACAAAAUUUGCAGUCUCUGUCACACUCCUAUCGCUAUCUCUUAGUUGCCUGACUGUUAAGUAGAGUCUUCCAAGAGUCUAAGCAUUGGUCAAUUUGCAAGGUGCCGAAGGAUUUCUCGCGAAGGGAGUUUUCAAAGACCACCGCAGAUUCGUGCGGGCACAAUUUCUGGCUGGCCUCUCUUUGUGAUCGGUGAAGAUGACUUGACUAAAGCUGUGUGCAUCGCCGAGCAGUCAAGAACUGACUGUUGGUGCCCAAUAAUUUCGAGAUAUUCGCUUAAUAUAAACGGUGCUGUUGCAGUUUAGUGAUGAGGCUUAAAUCAUGACAGACACUCCGUUGUGCGUAAAUGUUUACGCCACGUCAUGCACCACAGAGAAUCUAUCGCGACAUGACAUGCUCGCAUGGGUUAAUGACUGCCUGAAGACACAUUACACAAAGAUUGAGGAGCUAUGCUCAGGCGCUGCAUACUGUCAGUUCAUGGAUAUGCUCUUUGCGGGCUGUGUUCAACUUAAGAAAGUUAAGUUUAAGACGAACCUCGAGCACGAAUAUAUUCAAAACUUCAAAAUUCUUCAGGCUGCUUUUAAACGUGUCGGAGUGGAUAAAAACAUACCCGUUGACCGCCUUGUGAAAGGACGUUUUCAGGACAAUUUUGAGUUUGUUCAAUGGUUCAAGAAGUUUUUUGAUGCUAACUACAACGGAGAGCCAUAUGAUGCUGUGGAAGCACGUGCAGGAGCUGCUAUGGGUGGUGGCACAGCAGGUCCGACGGCACGUAGCAGCGGAAUCGCUGCAGCCUCUAAAGGAACUCCGGUGACAAGAACUGCAGCGCCUGGCGCUGUUGCGCGAAGGCCGCCUGCAACGUCAUUGGGAUCCGCUGCAACAAAAGCAGCGACACCUGCAAUCCGAUCAGCAGCAGCAGGAAGUGGCGGCACUGGCGGAAGUGGCAUCGGUGGUACUGGAGUAUCAUCGGCAAAAGUGCAGGCUCUGGAGGCCCAAGUAGCUGAAUUAACAGAACAAGUGAGCGGUUUGGAAAGAGAGCGGGAUUUCUACUAUAAUAAACUCAGAGAUAUUGAACUACUCUGCCAGGAGUACGAAGCUAAAGAGGACAAAGCGCCGGCACUCGAGCAAAUCCUAGAAAUUCUAUAUGCUACUGAGGAAGGUUUUUCAGCACCCGAAGAUUAUCCAGAUGAAGCUACACAGGGCAAUGGCGAAGAAGAGGAAUACUAGAUAUUCAUCUAUAGCAGCCUACGGGGGCAAAAUGCUGAUGACACACCGAUGUUGAUUAGCUGUUAAUAUUGUCAUUUAAGUAAGGCAUAUUUACGUAAAAACAUCUGCUAACUAUAACCACUGCAAACAGUCGUUUCGCUGCGACUUUCAAACGCCGUUGCCGGUGUCUACCGUUUUCCAUCGUAAACUCUGCGUACUAUAAAAUGACGUACUACUUGAGCUAUGUUUCCAUAGCAGGAUAAACUGAAUCUGUUAGUAAACAACUUAGAAUAAUCCAGUACAUUAUUGUCAUGUGUUCAUGAUUCUUUUUCUAACUAACAAGUAAAUAAGGUCCUACUGAAUACCUACGGACCAAUUUAAUCGUUGCUAACAGUGAAACCGCCAAUCCGUUUCGUUGUCCUAUUCGCCCCAUUAAGCGCUCUCAGCUUACGCCUAGACCGCUAUAAAUAAAUACCCUGUUGCCUUACACAUUACAGAAUAUUACUAGCAAACCAAAAAAACAUCUCUAGUAGACGUUCAUUAUGAAGAAAAUAAAGUGAAAGGAGCAACGGUAUUGCAAGAAACUCCGACGGCGCGCAAGUUGGUUACGAAUCGUUGUAUGCUUUUGAUGAAAACUUAACGCUUUAACCUUUCAUAUUUAAAAGAAAAUUAACGUACAGCUCUAUAUCCUUUUGAGCAACGCUACCUAAUAGAAUUCUUUUAGCAUAAAGGCAUGUCGUAUUGGCUAUAUUUGCGAAGAUUUGUGUAAUGUAUCUUUAACUAAUUACACUGAUCAUUCAUCAAACUGCCAAUAUUUGGCCUGAUCACUCAUUCUGUACAAUGCCCUAUAGGCAAAUGUCGUAAAAUCAAUGCUCGGCAAAGGUCGUUUUGUCUUCAAGUUUUCGAUACUCUACGAUCCACGAAAUGUAGUUAUAAUAGCAAAACAAUUCAUUAUUCAAAAAACAGCAUACAAUAACAUU